GUACGGAUGGCUGUUGAUAAAAUGUUAUUACCUGAAGGGUCUUAUUCGGUGUUAAGUGAAUGGUAUUAAAAAGAUGGACAUUUCAAUGUAUUGACGGCGAUUACAGAGAUGCAUAGGUGAAGGGAAUAAAACGUAAAAUGACUGGAGGAAAAGGGAUUUUUAAGUACCUGAAGGUUUUGACGUUUACUUCCAUGCUGUUUUUAUUAUAUAUACUCUGUUUUGGAAAUCUUGAAGUGAAAAGAGAGCCGAGGAACCCUGCUGUAAGAAGCACUACCCCACGUAGUUAUGUAUCAACAAAUAACGGGAGGCAUAGGGUGAGGAAAAUCCUUGUCGUUGCUUACCAAAGAAGUGGCUCAACGUUCACAUCAGAAAUCCUUCAACAUGGAGACACGACGGCGUUUUUCAGCAUGGAGCCUCUGUGGCAGACGUAUAGGACUUGUCAAAGACACGUCAAUGGCAUCUGUUGUCCCAAUAAUACUUGUAGAUCACCACUAUACCACAAGGAAGAAAUAAACAAUACGUUGUCUGUGUUUCGAGCAAUAUAUUCCUGUAAUUUUGAAGCACUGUCUUACGAAGUGCUGAAAUCUUUUGCGACCUUUGCCAGCACUGGACAUGAAUAUGUUAAGAAGUUGAAAUGUUUUAAUAAUGAACAUUGGAAAGAACAAGGAUUUUCUUCCUAUUACGACUGUAUAGAGAAUCUAACGCGUCUCUGUAAAUCGUCAUCCACAAUUAUUAUCAAGACAAUACGUAUAGAUAUUAGAUUGGCUAAUAUGUUGAGGACUUUAUUGGAUAACUUGUACAUUGUUCAUCUCGUCCGGGAUCCCAGGGCCAUUCUUCAUUCCCGGACCAAGGCCGGCACAAUCACCCGGGACUCCAUGGAUAAACAGUCUAAAGCAUUGUGUUCCAUGAUGUACAAAAACUUUGAAGACGCUUCGCAGGAUGAAGAUAUCUACACUUUAUUGUACGAGCAGUUAGCAUUAAAACCACAAAAAGUUGUUAAGCAGCUGUAUAAAUUUUGUGAUUUAAACUUUACAACAAACGCUUCUGAAUGGCUUCAAAGCUUUACAAAUAUUUCUUGGGAGAGUAUGUUACAACAAAGAUUUCUUGCGAAACAUCAUGGAGUUUUUAGCCCUUAUCCAAAACGAUCAUUUGAAGUUUCUCGGAAAUGGAGAAAAACGAUUUUUGUAAAAGUGAAUGAAAUUAUCCAAAAUUCAUGUAAUGCUAUAUUAGGUGUUUUGGGAUUGCGUGUAUUUAAAGGAGUAAAGGAACUUAGAAAUCUCAGUAUAAACGUACUAGAUGCCAUGGAUAGGGAAUAAUUAAUACUGUUUUUGAGAAUUAUUUGCAAUGAUCUUUAAUAAACAUGGACCUUGUUUAAAUUUUUUACAAAAUUCUGGUUAUCACUUGUGUAAAAAUAUUUUUGUAAGACAAGGUUAACAAUACAGCAAGUAAGUUUUUUGUUUAUUUUAGUGUCAUGCAUACACAACCUUUAAU